AUGGGCAUCCUUCGAUUGAUCUUCUUGGUGUCUGGGCUGGUCGUGGGCCUGCCCCUCUGUUCCGCCCAGGACAACUUGAGGUAUUACACAUCGAAUGGAAAGAUCCAGGAGAGCAGCAACACCUGCCCCACCUCCGUGUUUGCGGCCUGUGGCCCCACCUGGGAGGUGAGGCAGAGCACCACCGGCCACUUCCGAAUCGUUCCCAUCAGGCCCCUGGCGGUCGUCAACAGCGUGACGCUGCAGUGCCCAGAGGGUGUGGGCAUCUGGAGUGAUGAUGGCGGGAUGGAGCUGGCCACCGGCACUUUCAUGCAGCAAAAGCCCAAGGCCGGGAUGCCCGCGGGCUGCAUGCAGGGGCAGGCGGGCCAGUCCUGUUACGACUACAGCGGCGUGGCCUUCAGCGCCGGGGGCGCGGGUGGUGUCAACACCCUGCGCAUCAGCACCCAGCAGAGUGGGGGAACAUGCUCUGCGCUCUACACGCUGCUCUUCGCCAACACCGACAUCCUGGGGGUUGCCCCCGUGACAUACACCGCGCGCUGGGUCUGGGCGACCUCCUCGGCGCUCAGCUCGGGCGGGUUCCAGUCAGUGGCCAUGCUCCUAGCAUCCGCCAUGGCCGUCGUUAUAGCAGUGGCCUGA